AUGAAUGCUAUUACUAGUAGUAGUGGCAACUUGGACAUGGACAACUGCAGUGUCAGAGUGGCACUGAGAGUACGUCCACUCAGUAGCAAAGAGUUAACAGAACGCUCCGAAGAGGUGAUCAAGUACGUUGAUCGUGUGCCUCAAGUCAUUGUCGGCAAGGACCAGACCUUCACCUUUGACUCUGUGUUUGGUGGACGAUCCAGACAAGUGCAGGUCUAUGACGAGUGUGUCGUUCCCUUGGUCGACUCUAUAUUCCAAGGUUAUAACUCUACCAUCUUGGCCUAUGGACAAACUGGUUCAGGUAAAACAUAUACAAUGGGUAGUACAUCAACAGUUGGCGUCGCCCCCGAUGAGUUGGGAGUGAUACCAAGAGUGAUUGGCGCAGUGUUUGAUCGAGUGGAGAAGUUAAAGUCAACACAUUCAAUCGUAUUGAAGGUCUCUUUUCUGGAGCUAUACAACGAGGAGAUUAGAGACAUGCUGAAUCCUGAUGCUGAGCCUGGUGGACUUGCCAUUAGAGAGACACCCAAUGGAGAGGUUCACAUACCAGGCCUCUUUGAGGAGGUGGUUCGCAGUCGUUCACAGAUGGAGGAUGCCCUGAUACGUGGCUCAAUGUCCAGGACAACUGGAUCCACUCUCAUGAAUGUACAUUCAUCACGUUCACAUGCGAUCUUCACGAUCAUUGCCGAGCAGACCAUCGUGGAUGCAGACAACGAGGAGAACAACAUCAGUGAGGAGCGCAACCCAACCAUCAGGUCCAAGUUCCACUUUGUCGACUUGGCAGGUUCUGAGCGUAUCAAGAAGACAAAGGCAGAGGGACAGCGACUGAAGGAGGGCAUUAACAUUAACAGUGGCCUGUUGGCACUGGGCAAUGUGAUCUCUGCUCUAGGCGACACUAGACGUGCCAACAAAGCCAAACACGUACCGUACCGUGAUUCAAAGUUGACUCGUAUGCUACAGUCUUCAUUGGGUGGCAACUCUCGUACCCUAAUGAUUGCAUGUGUCAGUCCUGCUGACUCUAAUUUUGAAGAGACACUCAAUACUUUAAAAUAUGCAUAUAGAGCAAGGAACAUUAUGAACAAGCCAGUGGUCAAUGUGGAUCCUCUGACCAAGCAGAUCAACAUGUACAAAGGACAGAUUCAGCUGUUGAAGGAUGUACUCAUCAGCAAGUGCAACUACAAAGAGUCAGACCUUGAUAUUAUUCUACAGGAUGUUGUAGUGGACCUGUCAUCUCCAAUGGCACCAAACAAAACAUUACAACAUCAUCAACAGCAGCAACAACAACAACCUCAACAACAUCAACAACCACUUGCCAAGUUGUCUACCGAUGGGAAGGAACCACCAUUGACACCCAGCAAGAUCUCACAGAACCAACAGUUUGAGGACAGUAUGAAGAUAUCACAGCUAGAGUUUGAGAACAAUAUGCUUCAGGAGAUAUCGAACAAGGUCACCUCCAAGUACAAGGUGCUGCUCGUCAAGUACAAGCAACUCGAGGACACAUCCUACAACUUUAUCAACAACUUCUCACCGAACCGAGAGUCAAACGACUAUCUUGACAUGUUCAACCAGUUCCAGAGCAUAUUGAAUCCAACAAUAGAGUCGACAGCUUCCACCGAUACUACGACCGAUGGUGGAUCAGUUGUUGCUAGUGCUUCUGGAGGAGAUACAUCUGACGAGGAGAUCGAGUCAAUAGAGAAUGUCACCGAGCUGAUUGAUGAGAAUGAGAGGCUCUCCUUGAUGAACCAACACAUCGUAGAGAAGGAGGAGGAGUUGGAGCGUUACUCCAAGACACAGGCGCAGUACCAUCAGAUCAAGGAGAUGUACGACAGUCGCCUCAAGGAGCUCGAGGUGCAGCUGUUUGAGAUGAAGGAGGAGCACGACAAUGUAAUGCGUACGUUGGAGGAGCGUCAGAAGGACAAACAAAAAGACGGCACUGCCGCAGCAGCAACUGGCACCACCUACGACGAUGAGAAGGCCAGACUAACAGCGCACUACGAGAAGAAGCUGGCCGAGUUGAAGCAUCAGUUGGAUCAACACACAAAGUCAAAGAAGGACCACCAGAGAUUGAUGGAGCUCAAGACAAAGAGUGAUGAGAAGAUUGAUGACCUGACUUCAGAGAUCAAGGACAUGAAGCGACAAAAGUCAGAUAUGUUGAAACGCAUGAGGGACGAGUUGAAGAAGCGAGAUGACGUCAAGCAGAACCAGGCAAAGGAGAUGGAGGCACUCAAGAAGGAGGCUAGGAAGAGUGAGCAACUCAUUGGCCAGCUCAAGAAUCAAUCAAAGAAGAAGGAUCAGCUACUCCAGAAGAAGAUUGAUGAGUCAGAGGCGAUCAAGAAGAAACUAAAGGAGAUUGAGUUUAACAAGCUAAAGACAAACUCUGUUGCCGCUCCAGUGCGUGGUGGACGGCAAAUAGUUGCCAAUGGCUCAUCAAACAAUAGCGGGUUCAGACCAAAGGCAGUACAAGCAGCAGCACCAACAGCAGCAGCAACGUCCACCACAACCCACCAACAUCCAUCACAGUUCAGUGUACCAAAUUGGAGAGAGUGGCUACUAUUACAGAUUGGAAAGAAUCUCAGCAAGAACGAGAUGACAGAGACAUUGGAUCGCUACUUGUCAGAGAAGGAUUUGUUUGUUCGAGAGUCCACUCGUCUGAAGCAGCAGUAUGGCAAUGGAGGUAACAAGAUGACCAAGUCAGAGUAUCAAGAGCAGUCUGCAUUCCUCGAGAUGAAUAUCAAGCAACAGAAUGAAAAGAUCUCAAGAGUUCAGAAGGAUCUGGCAUCAUUCUCCAUCGACUACAUGGACUCGACAGAGAUCAUGAGGAAGGUUUCUACCACACCCUAUGAGAAGCUUCCACACCUGAUCCAGGCGUCAUUUGAGCUAUGCGUUGAGUAUGCAGAGCAAACGAGAGCCAAGAGAGAUCAAUUCGAUCAGCGUACUACCUCGUCAUCUCUUCAAGAGGGUAUCAAACAAGCACGAUCCGAUCCUAUCUUUACACUUCAUGACGCACACAAGCAGACAUCAUCUACAUCUUCACCAGUGAUUGAAUCUCUCAAGGAUACCAAUCAUGUUACAAUCGGAUCUAAACUCAAAGACCAUCAACAACAACAGAAACAGACAACAUCAACAACAACUACCACGACAACCACAACUACUUCGACUAAACAAUCACCGAUACCAUCAGCAAAAGUCAACAACAUUCAUCCCUCCUCCUCAUCCUCAUCCUCAUCCUACAACACAGGCUCACCAUUCUCUUCACCUCCAGUUUCUACUGGCACAUCAUCAGCGACCAAAGACUUUCUCCAAGAGAUUGAGCUACUCCAACAGCAAAUCAGACAGUCAUCACUUAACUUUAAACCACUGGGCGACGAUCAAUCAACACUUCAAACAUCACCACCUCCUAUAUCAUUGGCGCAACAGCAACAAUCACCAACUAUUACUGCUGAGCAACAACAUUCACCAACCAUAUCAAUAUCAGCACCAUCUGUCGAAUCCAAAGUCAAUCAGAUUCUAGAUGAUCUUAAACAAUCAAAGGAGCGAUCAAAGAACAGACAGAAGAUGAGAAAGAACAAGAACUCUGCUACGAGUAGCACACAACCCGAUCCAACUGAUCAGUCCAUCAACAGUGGCUUUUCUCCAUCACCAGUCUCGACGAUGAUUGACCAUUCAGAGUUUGACAAUAGUUUACUGGAUGUCGAUAUGGAUCCCAAGAAGUUGACCAGCUCACCAAAGUCAAGGAAGCAGCCGUCAAUGACCACCUCUGGAGAGAGCUUAUCACCACAAUCCCCUCAGAGCGAUGGUGAUGUCUUCUCACGUCUCUCUGCACCAAGACCAGACUCACGUCUCAGACUCUACCGUGACAAGCUCAAGGGUGACACGUACCGCACGGCAAUACUCUCCACCCGACGCCAAGACCUGGGUGAUGGCAACGACAACUUUAUCAGAGCCAACUGGAGUUUCACUGGACACGAUGGUGCAGUGCUUGGACUCGUCUACGAUGAGCAGUCUAACAGGCUGUUCAGUUCGGGACAAGACAAGGUUGUCAAGGCGUGGGACCUAGUGUCUGGUGAUUGUGUCUCUGAUCUCACUGGACACACGGCAGCAAUCAAAGCACUGGCAUUGCAUACAACGUCUGGCCUGCUCUUCUCUGGUGGUGGAUCAGACCGCUUUGUCAAGGUGUGGGACAUACGAUCAGGUAACAAUGGAGCAGUACAACAGAUCAAGGUCCAGAAUGAGCUUCUCUGCAUGGCCUCCUAUGGUAACUUUGUAUUUGGUGGAUUGGAGAACAGCACAGUCAAGGUCUGGGAUGUUCGCUCUCUUCGUUCCCUAAAGACACCAUUGUCAAAGAACCAGUCUGGCUCGAUUCUUUCCCUGUCAUACACAUCCAGGUACUUGGUCACUGGUAGUCGCGAUCACACCGUCACUCUCUACAACAAAGACAGUCUAGAGGUGGUUCAGAAGCUUCAACCCAAUCAUCUGGACGGAGUCAAUGCACUUUGUACCAGCGCUACGAAUGAGGAUAUCAUUUACUCGGGCAGUAGGGACAGGACCAUCAAGAGAUGGGAACCACCAGUGGCACUGACAGCAGCCAACGUUGCAACACCAAACUAUCAACAGAACAAACUUGGAGUGACCACACAACAUCAAGACUGGGUCACAUCACUGGCAUCACACAGCGGACUCAUCUUCUCUGGUUGUAGGGACUCAACUAUAAAAGGUUGGGACCCACAACUGAACAACAACAGUCAUCAUCUCAUUGGACACGAGUCAUCGGUCAACUGUUUGGUCUCUACACGCGAUGUAAUAUUGUCUGGUUCAGCUGAUCGAUCGAUUAAGCUGUGGAAUGUAUUGUAA